ACCUACAAAGGUACUCAACAUCUCCUGCACAGGACAAUAGGCUGACAACAUGGCAUCCUUAAAGAAAACAAUCCGAGUAGGCUACGUGCCAGGUACGUUGAAUUUUACCUCCCUCUAUUUAUCUAGGCAGUCGAGUCGCGAAAUGUGUCGAAUUUUACCAACGACUUCAAGAACAUUACCUAGCACCUCUCCAUCUUGCAAUUCGAGACCCAUCCUACGCAAAUCUGCCCUUUGAGCUCGAACUCAUCUGCUUCCCGUCCGGAACGGGGCAUAUGAUAACAUCCAUCCGUUCCAAUGAGAUUGAUAUCGGCAUAGGUCUCACUGAAGGCUGGAUCGCGGGACUGACUGGCAAGCAGCAAUUGGAAGCAAGUAAGGCUGCCGGCGAUGACGGUGGAUAUAGGAUUGUAGGACAAUGGGUUGAGACGCCUUUGAGAUGGGCGAUUGUCACAGGCAGGAAUAGAGAGGAUUUGACUGGGGUUAGCGAUUUGAAGGAUUCGCGUGUUGGCGUGAGCAGGUUGGGCAGUGGAUCACAUAUAAUGUCCUUCGUCCUCUCUCAACAACAAGGCUGGUCCGUCGACAGUCUCAAACCCGUCAUUCUCGGCCCAUUCGGCGAUCUACGAGAAGGCGUCUCAUCGUCAGGCGCAUCACAAAACGCAGAAUUCUUCAUGUGGGAGCAGUUUACCACAAAGCCAUAUUUUGAUCCCGCUGUGCCAUCGACGACUCCACCUCCACUCAAGAAGAUUGGGGAGAUAUAUACCCCUUGGCCAUCGUGGCUUAUUGUGGCAUCUACAAAGACAUUCCCGACACCAGAGAAUGAUGCAACUCUUCAGGCGUUGUUUGAGUUGUUAGAUAAAGGUAUUUCUACAUUUGAGAGCGAUACUGAGAACGUUAUCAAGCUGUUAGGUACGGGAGAUUUUGGAUGCCACUAUGUGGAAGAUGAUGCACGGGAAUGGCUGAAGGCUACACGAUUUGUCAAACAUACCAGAGGAUUGAGUAGUGAGAUUGUGCAGAAGACGGUCGAUGUCUUGAAGGUAGCGGGGGUUAUUGAUCCGGAAUUGCCUCUCACCGAUGCUGUGCAGAGGGUUACUGGUAUUUCCAGAUAAACUCGAGCGUGGAUUAUGUAUUUCUAUGCACAUUUCUAUACAUGCUUGGGACCAUGAAUAGGCACAGAAUGAAUAUUCAGCAUGAUCAAAUUCUUUAGGCUG